CCCCCCCCGCCAUCAUCUCGGAAUUGGCUCAAUCUUUCGGCAUGGUCAGUGGUUGAGAGACUGAGAGCUAAACGAGAAAGGUGUUGCUGAGAAGAACUAGCGAGGGAAAGCGCAGCCAGCAGAUUGAAGCUCUCGGACCACAGCCUCGCUUCGCCGAGCGCGCGCGCUCCGGAUUACUGCUACACAAACCCAGGAUGGGGCACGGGAAUCGCCGAUCUCCGGGAGUUUCGGCAGCUGGCGCGGGACAUUUAGAGGCGAGACGUGGCCCUGUCACCGCUGUCCUCCUCGCUUUGCUGUUGAGCACCCUUAGCUCCGCCGUAGACGAAAAGAAAGUUUGUCAAGGAACCAGCAAUAAGCUAACUCAACUUGCAAGCGUGGAGGACCACUAUAACAACCUUAAGAGGAUGUAUGAGAACUGUGAAGUAGUGCUUGGCAAUCUGGAAAUCACUUACGUGGAUUACAACUACAGCCUUAGCUUUCUAAAGAGUAUACAAGAAGUGGCUGGCUAUGUGGUUAUAGCAAUGAAUGCAGUGCAAACCAUUCCUCUGGAGAAUCUCCAGAUAAUACGAGGGAACACACUUUAUGAAAAUGCUGCACUAGCAGUUUUAUUAAAUCAUAAUGGCAUGAAGGGACUUGAAGAGCUACCAAUGAGACGCUUAGCAGAAAUUCUAAAUGGAGGAGUCAAGUUCAGGAAUAACCCCUACCUCUGCAGCAUGGAAAAUGUUCUGUGGGAUGACAUUUUUGAUAAAAAUAAUAUUCAUCGUUUUGUACAGUUUGACCCUAGUGAAAGAAUGAAGACACUGACAUACUGUCCUCAUUGUCAUGCGAAUUGCACAAGAGGGCACUGUUGGGGCGCUGGCGAAGAGAAUUGCCAAACAUUAACUAAGAUUGACUGUGCGGCACAGUGCUCAGGUCGAUGCAAAGGAAAGUUGCCAAGUGACUGCUGUCAUACUCAGUGCGCAGCAGGAUGUACAGGUCCUAAAGAAAGUGAUUGCUUGGCAUGUCUCAAGUUUUGGGAUGAUGCAACUUGCAAGGAGUCUUGCCCAGCUUUGCAAAUAUACAAUCCCUAUACCUAUCAGUUGGAAGACAACCCAGAAGGAAAGUACAGUUUUGGGGCAACCUGUGUGAAAAACUGCCCACAUAACUAUGUAGUAACAGAUCAUGGCUCAUGUGUCCGAUCAUGUAAUGCAGACUCUACAGAAGUUGAGCAGAAUGGCAUUCGAAAGUGUAAAAAAUGUGAUGGCCCUUGUAGCAAAGUGUGCAGUGGAAUUGGGAUAGGUGAAUUGAAAGGUGUUCUUGCAGUGAAUCAAUCCAAUAUCGAUUAUUUCAAGAACUGUACCACAAUCAAUGGUGAUCUCAUAUUUCUGCAUGCAUCCUUUUUUGGUGAUGAAUACACAAAUACACCUCCUUUGGAAGUAAGGAAGUUGGAUAUUUUUAAAACUGUUAAAGAAAUCACAGGAUUUCUAUUGAUCCAGGUUUGGCCUGAAAAUGCCACUGAUUUGAGUAGCUUUGAAAAUCUGAAAGUAAUACGAGGUAGAACAAAACAAUUAGGUCAAUAUGCUCUUGCAGUCAUCAACUUGAAUAUAAAAUCAUUGGGAUUACGGGCUCUCAAGGAAGUAAGCGAUGGAGAUGUUGCCAUUUUGAAAAACAACCACCUCUGCUAUGGCAACAUGUUGGAUUGGAAUAAACUUUUUGUAACACCAAAACAGAAAAUAAGAAUAAACAAAAACAGAAAUGAAAGUGAAUGUGCUGCUACAGGACAAGUUUGUCAUCCGUUCUGUUCAAAUGUAGGCUGCUGGGGCCCAGGACCCUUCCAGUGCUUUUCUUGCCGUUAUUUUAUUCGCCAACAGGAAUGUGUAAAACAUUGUAACAUUUAUCAAGGAGUGCCUCGAGAAUAUGAACAAAAUUCUGAGUGCUUUCAGUGUCAUCCAGAAUGCCUUGUACAAAAUUCAACUGAAUCAAAUAUAACUUGCACAGGACCCGGUCCAGGUAACUGCUUGAAGUGUGCUCACGUAAUAGAUGGUCCACAUUGUGUUAAAACAUGUCCUGCUGGCAUUUUGGGAGAAAAUGAUACCUUAGUCUGGAAAUAUGCAGACGAAAAUUCAGUAUGUCAGCUGUGCCAUCCAAACUGUCUUCGUGGAUGCAAAGGGCCUGGACUUGAAGGCUGCCCUAAUGGGUCUAGAGUCCCGUCCAUUGCAGCUGGAGUCGUUGGAAGCAUUCUUUGCUUGGUUGUUAUAGCACUGGGUAUUGGCCUUUUUGUGCGUAGGCGGCGGAUAGUUAGAAAACGUACUUUGCGCAGGCUGCUGCAAGAAAGAGAGCUUGUUGAACCUUUGACACCAAGUGGGGAGGCACCAAACCAAGCACUUCUGAGAAUCCUAAAAGAAACAGAAUUUAAAAAAGUCAAAGUCCUUGGCUCUGGAGCCUUUGGUACUGUUUAUAAGGGGCUCUGGAUUCCAGAAGGAGAAAAAGUUAAAAUUCCUGUAGCUAUUAAGGAACUGAGAGAGGCCACAUCACCCAAAGCUAACAAAGAAAUUCUUGAUGAAGCAUAUGUGAUGGCAAGCGUCGACAAUCCCCAUGUGUGCCGUUUGCUCGGAAUUUGCCUCACAUCGACUGUCCAGCUCAUCACCCAGCUUAUGCCUUAUGGCUGCCUUCUUGACUAUGUCAGAGAACACAAAGAUAACAUUGGAUCCCAGUACCUUCUCAACUGGUGUGUGCAGAUUGCAAAGGGAAUGAAUUACUUAGAAGAACGUCGUUUGGUACACCGUGAUUUGGCUGCCAGAAAUGUCCUUGUUAAGACUCCCCAGCAUGUGAAGAUCACAGACUUUGGAUUGGCAAAAUUACUUGGUGCAGAAGAGAAGGAGUACCAUGCCGAAGGAGGCAAAGUUCCAAUUAAGUGGAUGGCUUUGGAGUCAAUUCUGCACCGCAUUUAUACUCACCAGAGUGAUGUUUGGAGUUUUGGUGUCACUGUUUGGGAAUUAAUGACAUUUGGAUCUAAACCGUAUGAUGGUAUUCCAGCCAGUGAAAUUUCCUCUGUCUUGGAGAAAGGAGAGCGGUUGCCUCAGCCUCCCAUAUGUACAAUUGAUGUGUAUAUGAUCAUGGUCAAAUGUUGGAUGAUUGAUGCAGAAAGUCGUCCUAAAUUUCGGGAGCUAAUAGCAGAAUUCUCCAAAAUGGCUCGGGAUCCACAGCGCUAUCUUGUUAUACAGGGAGAUGAAAGAAUGCACCUGCCCAGCCCAACUGAUUCCAAAUUUUACCGGAGUCUAAUGGAAGAGGAGGACAUGGAGGACAUUGUGGAUGCAGAUGAAUAUCUUAUUCCCCAUCAAGGAUUCUUCAGCAGCCCAUCAAACUCAAGAACACCUCUCUUAAGCUCAUUGAGUGCUACAAGCAAUAAUUCUGCAAUAACCUGCAUAGAUAGAAAUGGGCAGGGCCAUCCAGUGAGAGAAGACAGCUUUGUCCAGAGGUACAGUUCAGAUCCAACUGGGGGUUUCCUAGAUGACAGUCUGGAUGAUAGCUUUCUGCCUGCUCCAGAAUACAUAAACCAAGUGACCCAAAACCCUUGUGCUUCUGUGGUACAAAAUCCAGUCUACAACACUUUCUCCCUUCAUAUUGAUCCAAAGCCUAUGACUGAUUCAAAUCAUCAUAACUUGCACAACACAGCACUGGAUAACCCAGAAUAUCUCAACACAAGCCUCUCACCUUUGGCUAACACAGUUUUUGAUAGCUCCUCCUACUGGGACCAGACAGCCAACUACCAAAUCAAUCUGGACAAUCCAGACUAUCAGCAAGACUUCUUGCCCAGAGAUACCAAGCCUAAUGGCAUUGUUAAACUUCCGCCAGCUGAAAAUCCAGAAUACCUAAGGGUAGCAGUGCCAAAAAAUGAAUACAUUGAAGCCUCAGCAUGACCAUGAUAGACACUUUGUAUAGUCUCAGCAACGUGGCAAGAAACACAGAUGAAAGAGCUGCUUGCUAUAGAAAUAGACUAUGGUUAGAUAAAAAAAGCAUAAUUACACUUUGGAAUACACUUUUUUCUUCCAAGUGCAUGUGUUGUUUGCAGCAAGCUUGCUUAGAACUUCAUUUAUCUCUGUGGUUACAAAAGAUGCAACAAAGAACCAAGAAAUAACAACCAGCAAGCAAUAUUUUUUCUUAAGCUACGUACAAUUACAGCCUUUUGAUGAAUAUUAACUGCUUUAAUAAGCAUCCACCUUAAAUCCUUUUGAUACCUUAUCUUUUAUAGGUCAUUUGUGGUAUUUUUUUUUUAAAAAGCCUUUAUGACAGCAAGAUGACCAGUUGUUUGAUGCCAUGUGGAUCAGGGUGGGAGGAGCACAAGGAAAGUAGAAGGAGUCAAGACCCAAAACUUUUUGCCAGUCUCCUACAUAGAGUUACCAACUGUUAAGAUUUAAAGAGAAGCUCAUUCCUAUGCUUUGGUCCAGCUAUUUGAACACCAGCUUUAUUUACUAUUUUAUUUGCAAUGAAAAGAGUAUUUGAAAAAAUGUGAGAAUUCUGCUUAAUAUAGUCGUUGAUUACAUUGGGAGAAAGUGAGCCUAGUGGUUCAUACAGCACUCACUGCCACUGACCACUACUGUUGGGAAGCUCUGCAAGUUUCAGUUCAGAAAUGCUCAUAAAAAUUUAAAAAUUAAAUGUUCAGGAAUGGUCAUCAGGUACUCACUCGCAUGUCUCUAAAAUAUCACUGUAAGUAUGAGCAGCAUUGUUGUAUUUCGUUCUGUUGUGGUUUUAUGCUUGUUUUCUGGUUUCAUGACUUUUUAGAGGUACGAAAAAUGAACUUAAAAAUCUGCAAAUGGAACAGAUUUUUUUUUUUUUUUUUGCACACACACAUUCCACUUCACUGCCUUUGUAACAUUUGAACACAUAUAUAAAGUGGUGAGGAAAUGCAAAGGUUGCCAUUUGGCUAAAAUUGAAUUAUUACAUACAUAACUGCAUACACAAAAAAUGGAUCUUGGGGAAAUCUCUUGCAAAAGCUGGGGAAAAAAAUCUAUACUAUGGCUCAGCUUCCAUUAAUCAUGAAUUUAUACAGGAAAAUUUCCCAUUAUCUGAAAUUAUUAGUGGAGAAAAAGGAUUAAUCCAGAAGAUAAUUGCAAUUAAUUUGUUAAUUUUCAGGAAUCAUAUGCGGUAUGGUUCAGUAUUUGCACUUAAAAAGAUAAAUUAACUCACCCUCCAAAAAAUCCCACCAGCGCAGGAUGGUUUUCAGGCCAACCUGGUGAUUAUAUAUAUUAAAUUGUUGUUCUAAUACAAUGCUGUAUAUUUCUACUCAGAACUAAGCCCAACUGAAUUCAAUGCAGUUGUUCCUCAAAUAGGACUAUAUAGGAUUGCAACCUAGUAGUGUGAUCCAGUAUAUGCCUACUUUAAAAUAAGACCUAUUAAGUUCAGUGGGAUUUAUUUCUAUGCAAGUAUGCAUAGUAGUGCAGCUUGACUUGAAGCCGAGCUCUGUUAUGUACCACUUGACUCUGCUGGUAUCUUACCUCUUGGGAGCUGUAGCAAUGCUCUUUGAUAUUGUUACCCCCUCAUUAGUUUGAGUUUAUGACUUUGAUAUGUGACAGAGCCACUGUAUAACAAUUUCCAUAUAGUUCAAAUAGUACUGAAUGUGUCCAUUAGAAUGCUUGCCUUUAUGACAAAUGAAACGUCAUUGUGCAAUAGCUUUUCCUCUUUUUAGUGAUCCUUUAUAAACUCUGCUAGUAAAAUCCAUAUGGAAAGUAGCCUUGGGUAUAGAUUCAUUAUGUUGGAUUAUGCCAUUUCAUAUCCCAGGAAAUAUAAGGCAAAAAUCAUCAUAUGGUGAAGAAAAACCAAUCACAUACAUGAAUAUAUCCUCAGAAAGUUGGUGAUGUUCUAAAUAGCUCAGUGUGAAGCAUCAGGUCAUCAUGAAGAUCUACUCUUUACUAUGUUGUGGACUACAUUCAGAACGUGGCUCUGAAUAAUGGAAACUAUAGACUAUAGAAACUAUGGACAUAUCUGGAAGCCCCAAAUUGGAGAAGGCUAAUCCAGUGCCUUAUUGUGUAAUUGUUUGAAAUAUUUUCCAUGUUCAUUGCAUGAAAGAGACAAGAUUUCCUUCCCAAACUUAAAGAUGCCUGCAUACAUACAACACAUUAAACUGAGCUGCAUACAAAUUUCCUGCUGUGAUUUGCAGGAAUUAGCCACAAUUCUGUACCAUCUUAAUGCCCUCUGUAUGCAUGAUAUCAAGUGAACAAAUUAUUUUGUUUGUAUAACAGGAGGUAUGCAGUGCAAAGCCACCUAGGACUGCUACAUGUAAUUAUCUUUCCUUUGAAAACUCAUAUUAAUUCCCAAACUGAAGAUCUGUGCAAAUUGUGUUUAUGCAUGAAGCCGCCCUAAGUGACUCUUUGCAUUUCUUGACAAGCAUUUCAUUUGGGGGAUUUAGACAAUAAAACAAAAAAACUAUUACCUACCUCUUCAAUGUCAGCUGUUGUUAACAUUGCUCUAAUUUUCUAUGAUUUAUAUUUCUCUGUGAGAAAAUUUAUUAGAAAAAGUGAGAAUUGUCUUUUCUGUUUGUUCUUCUCAGCCAUGUUAAAUUGUGUAGCAAUAUUGUGAUCUAUAUAUCAUGCUACCAAGGGACGGCACUGCAGAUGUUAGAAUCUUCAAUCACUAUUAAGCAUGUUUCUUUCUCUUGAAGAUCCAUAUUACUUUUUUCAUAUUCCAUAUAACAUUCCACUUUUUAUUUUGUUUUUCCAAUCUAGCACCAGACUUUUUAAAGAAGUCUUUUUGGGAAAAAAAAUUCAUACAGCUAUAUUAAAAAUACACUUCUUUUUACAUAAAAAAUCGGUAUUUUAGAACCAAAGAUAUUGUCUCGUUUUCUUGUUGUAAAUUCAUGAAUAAAAAAUUAGUUAUUACUGUU